CUGAAGAGCAAUCUGCGAUCAGUUUUAUUUGAUUUCGAUUAACAAGGUGGGAUGUACAUUAACAAGGGGGGGAGGAGAAAGGAAGAGGGAGGUGCGGUGGUGGUUGGUUCACCGGUCCGGUGGCACUGGAUUGGCACCAGCACAGAGCUCCUGCUUACGGAAACGAAGAUCCGUUCUUGGGGAUGCGAAGAUCCAGGGAGGCACUCUCCCGUUCAGUUCUCCUUACUAUCGGUUCAGGGCCAUGCCACAGCAGGUCUUCAUUAGAUGGACGACUGUUCUUAUUUAGUGUCUCUGGUUUCCUCUUGUGCCUUUCAUUCAGGCUGGCUUUCACGGGAUUGGCAUUGGUGGCGCAGUCAAUACUACCUACAGAAGUGCCACCAACUUGCACCAAGCUAUUGCGUCAAGGGGGGGAGGAGAAAGGAAGAGGGAGGUGCGGUGGUGGUUGGUUCACCGGUCCGGUGGCACUGGAUUGGCACCAGCACAGAGCUCCUGCUUACGGAAACGAAGAUCCGUUCUUGGGGAUGCGAAGAUCCAGGGAGGCACUCUCCCGUUCAGUUCUCCUUACUAUCGGUUCAGGGCCAUGCCACAGCAGGUCUUCAUUAGAUGGACGACUGUUCUUAUUUAGUGUCUCUGGUUUCCUCUUGUGCCUUUCAUUCAGGCUGGCUUUCACGGGAUUGGCAUUGGUGGCGCAGUCAAUACUACCUACAGAAGUGCCACCAACUUGCACCAAGCUAUUGCGUCAAGGGGGGGAGGAGAAAGGAAGAGGGAGGUGCGGUGGUGGUUGGUUCACCGGUCCGGUGGCACUGGAUUGGCACCAGCACAGAGCUCCUGCUUACGGAAACGACGAUCCGUUCUUGGGGAUGCGAAGAUCCAGGGAGGCACUCUCCCGUUCAGUUCUCCUUGCUAUCGGUUCAGGGCCAUGCCACAGCAGGUCUUCAUUAGAUGGACGACUGUUCUUAUUUAGUGUCUCUGGUUUCCUCUUGUGCCUUUCAUUCAGGCUGGCUUUCACGGGAUUGGCAUUGGUGGCGCAGUCAAUACUACCUACAGAAGUGCCACCAACUUGCACCAAGCUAUUGCGUCAAGGGGGGGAGGAGAAAGGAAGAGGGAGGUGCGGUGGUGGUUGGUUCACCGGUCCGGUGGCACUGGAUUGGCACCAGCACAGAGCUCCUGCUUACGGAAACGAAGAUCCGUUCUUGGGGAUGCGAAGAUCCAGGGAGGCACUCUCCCGUUCAGUUCUCCUUACUAUCGGUUCAGGGCCAUGCCACAGCAGGUCUUCAUUAGAUGGACGACUGUUCUUAUUUAGUGUCUCUGGUUUCCUCUUGUGCCUUUCAUUCAGGCUGGCUUUCACGGGAUUGGCAUUGGUGGCGCAGUCAAUACUACCUACAGAAGUGCCACCAACUUGCACCAAGCUAUUGCGUCAAGGUGGGAUGUACAUUAACAAGGGGGGAGGAGAAAGGAAGAGGGAGGUGCGGUGGUGGUUGGUUCACCGGUCCGGUGGCACUGGAUUGGCACCAGCACAGAGCUCCUGCUUACGGAAACGACGAUCCGUUCUUGGGGAUGCGAAGAUCCAGGGAGGCACUCUCCCGUUCAGUUCUCCUUGCUAUCGGUUCAGGGCCAUGCCACAGCAGGUCUUCAUUAGAUGGACGACUGUUCUUAUUUAGUGUCUCUGGUUUCCUCUUGUGCCUUUCAUUCAGGCUGGCUUUCACGGGAUUGGCAUUGGUGGCGCAGUCAAUACUACCUACAGAAGUGCCACCAACUUGCACCAAGCUAUUGCGUCAAGGUGAGAUGAUCAAUUCGCUCCUUGGCGGCCGCCACCCUGUUUAGUACUCUUAUUAAUCUAAUUCCUCUUAUUUCUCUCUUGUUGAUGCAAACCUGCAAACUUCACGUGAAGGCUCAGUCUUUUCGUGUGUUUCAUACGUCUUGAAAACACAUAGGUUGAUUCAUAUGAUUCUUCAGCGGUAGCAAGUUUGUCAUGUACAUUCCUUCCUAUAAGCAACUGAAGCGGCAGGCACCUCCAACCAACGCUUUCCCGGGUGAUCCCCGGCCACGAGCACGUCUAUCCCUACAAGCUGCUACCGGUGCUCCCUCUCCGCUGGAUGCGGCAAGGUCGUGGGAGUGUUCUGUAGCUCGGCGCUGCACCAUGGGCACCCGAUCGUCGCCCUCAUGGCCACUGCCGCAGACUUCGUGUCUGGCCUGCUUAUCCUCACUAUGUUCUGAAUGGGAGGCAGUGCAUGACUGGUGACCAGUGUCUAACUUUGAUAGUUGACGCUGAUGACGGAUUCAAGCACUCCACCAUAUUCUUGGUGCAACACCACUGAGGACUUAGCGAAACUGCUUUUUAGCCAUUGACACCCAAGUCCUAGAUUUUGUUAAUGGCAUAAAUUUUGAUGGAUAGGAUUUUAAUGAGGUGCAUAGCAGUGUAGGUCCAGAUGACAGAGAUAAUUGUACGUAAAAUGUGUAGACGUAGUUUGACACUUUUGCUGAAACAGAAACAUACUACUCCCUUUAGUAAAAAAAGAUGUCCUGAAUAAGCUCUAAUAUGGCAUCAUGAUUGUUACCAUUUGUUCCGAAGAACAAAGGGAAGUUCUAUAAAAUAAUUGACUGUUAUUUUUUCAGUUUUUUUCUCUCAUGUACUUUUACUAGAUCAUGAUGUUUAGUGAUCCUUUUUACAUAUGCUUGUGCAUAGUGUGUAAUUUCAGAAAUAUUCUUCCGAUGGAUUUUAAUUAUUAUGUUGCUACAACGCCUUCUUCCGUCACGAGUUAAUCUGAUCUUAGGUUUCCAUGUAUAGCCAAACUAUCAUUCACAAGAAUUUAUUAUAUUGCUAUUGGCUAUGAUUGAUGCUAUUUUUUUACCAUUUUGUUAAAUGUAAGACUAUAUCAUGAUUUGUUGGUGAAUUUCGUAAGUCAAUAUCUGCAUAUGUAUACAGUUAUUUAGCAUGACAUGAUAUGUAUAGGGGAAUUAUUAAUCCGCAUUUCUGCACUAUUCUUAUGUAAACAUGAAUGUUGGGUUUUGCAUCUAAUUCUGAAGAGCAAUCU